UUUUUUUUGUUUCAUCUAAACAGACCCUAUACAAGGAAUGCAUAUUUGGCUGCGGGGAAAGGGGCCUCGUCAUGCUUCCGCAGUAGCGCCAUUUAAUCUUCCCAGGAGGGGAGGAGAAAGAAAGAAAGAAGGGGAGUCGAUUGACGCGAGGACGGAGAGCUGGAUCUUUGGCAAUUAUCUGUGAAUUAUUUGUUGGGGAGCACGUUCUCUUGGUCCACUCUUUCUUUCUUGGUUCGGCAACGAACCAGUAACACGAGUCCUCCAGGGUGUUAAAGCAUCAGGAAGAGCAAAAUGUUUCUUGAGCUUGAAUGAUGCCAUCUGGUAACAAAAUGCUUCUGCAAGAAAUGGAUGGUGAUCCAUUCCAUACCAUGCAAAACUAUGAUUUCCUGUCUGGGAAUGGUUAUUCAAUGAAGCAGUUAAUUCAUAGCAAUUCUGAUAAAGACUCCUCAUCAACAAAAUCUGAGCAGUCUCGCCAAGACUUAUCCACAGUGAGUGACAGCAGCCUCAACAGACAACACACACCAACGCAAUCUGACAACAAUGAUAGUUGCGGAAAGCGGGACCAGGGCAUGGUGAAAACUAUAUUGUCCUUUGGGAACCCAGAAGUUGCUUUCUCCACUCAAAAGUUUGACCACAGCCAGCCUUUUGCUUGUGCUUCUUAUACCGCUGAUCCGUAUUAUUGCGGGGCCUUGACAGGAUACACUUCAAAUGCAAUUGUUCAUCCCCAAAUUAAUGUUGCAGCAAACUCGAGGGUACCAUUGCCUAUUGAACCUGCAGCAGAAGAGCCCAUAUUUGUCAAUGCAAAGCAAUACCAUGCUAUACUCAGGAGGCGUCAAAUGCGUGCAAAAUUGGAGGCUCAGAAUAAACUGGUGAAAGGUCGGAAGCCGUAUCUUCAUGAAUCUCGACAUCGUCAUGCAAUGAAGCGAGUCCGUGGACCAGGAGGUCGUUUCCUUAACAAAAAGGAGCUCCAGGAGCAGCAGCAGCAGCAGAAGGCUCUGCCUUCACUUCAGACUCCAACUGGUGGGGCGGGCAAGAUGGCCCUCUGCAGGAACAAUCUAUGCUCUGAAAACAGCGCAUCUCACUCGUCUUCAACAAGCUCUGGUAUCUCAAGUGUUUCAAACGGGGGUGGCAUGGUGGCUCAUCACGAGCACAUCAGCUUCUCAUCUACUAGUUUCCUCCCCGGCAUGAACUUCCGCGCAGAGAACGGCGGUGAAAAAAUGGCUGUCCAUGGUGUCCACCGCCGCACCCCGUCGUGAGGUGAACCCGCCUCACACUGUUGCGGUGGUGGUGCCAUCACUGGCGCACUCCCCGUGUGCCCGUGGCAAUUCAUCCUUGGCUUAUGAAGUAUCUAAUAAUUAAUAGUCCGCUUUCAGUUUGACAUGGAGUGGAGUAGAGCUUGUCUCAGAUCAACUCGUUUGUAUCCUGUUGCAACUAAAUCACUGAGGUUCCACUUGUUGAUAAUGUUGUGUGGAUGCAGAUGUUAAUCUUGUGUUUCUUGAUGUACCAAGUAAUGUAACCAUGGUUUGUUUGGAAGAAUCUGCUCUUAUAUCCAUCAGACUGCUGGACCAUGAAA